GUAACCCCGCUCACCGGCAGGUCGCCGGCUCCUGCCCCUUUCAGUCUGCGCCGACGCGGCUGCCGGAUCCCGGGGACUCCCCGCGCUGGGAAUCUCCCGCCAGCUGCGCGCUGAGUCCAGGCGACGGCAGGAGCACGUGGAAAGGCCGGGUAGCCACAGCGGCAGCUCCAGCCCAGCCCGGCAGCGACAUGGAAGAUAUACAAACAAAUGCGGAACUGAAAUGCACUCAGGAGCAGUCUGUGCCCGCAGAAAGCCCAGCGGUUUUGAAUGACUACAGUUUAACCAAAUCUCAUGAAAUGGAAAAUGUGGACAGUGGAGAAGGCCCAGCCGAUGAAGAUGAAGACAUAGGAGAUGAUUCAAUGAAAGUGAAAGAUGAAUACAGUGAAAGAGAUGAGAAUGUUUUAAAGUCAGAGCCCAUGGGAAAUGCAGAAGAGCCUGAAAUCCCUUACAGCUAUUCAAGAGAAUAUAAUGAAUAUGAAAACAUUAAGUUGGAGAGACAUGUUGUCUCAUUCGAUAGUAGCAGGCCAACCAGUGGAAAGAUGAACUGCGAUGUGUGUGGAUUAUCCUGCAUCAGCUUCAAUGUCUUAAUGGUUCAUAAGCGAAGCCAUACUGGUGAACGCCCGUUCCAGUGUAAUCAGUGUGGGGCAUCUUUUACUCAGAAAGGUAACCUCCUCCGCCACAUUAAACUGCACACAGGGGAAAAACCUUUUAAGUGUCACCUCUGCAACUAUGCAUGCCAAAGAAGAGAUGCGCUCACGGGGCAUCUUAGGACACAUUCUGUGGAGAAACCCUACAAAUGUGAGUUUUGUGGAAGGAGUUACAAGCAGAGAAGUUCCCUUGAGGAGCACAAGGAGCGCUGCCGUACAUUUCUUCAGAGCACUGACCCAGGGGACACUGCAAGUGCGGAGGCAAGACACAUCAAAGCAGAGAUGGGAAGUGAAAGAGCUCUCGUACUGGACAGAUUAGCAAGCAAUGUGGCAAAACGAAAAAGCUCAAUGCCUCAGAAAUUCAUUGGUGAGAAGCGCCACUGCUUUGAUGUCAACUAUAAUUCAAGUUACAUGUAUGAGAAAGAGAGUGAGCUCAUACAGACCCGCAUGAUGGACCAAGCCAUCAAUAACGCCAUCAGCUAUCUCGGCGCCGAAGCCCUGCGCCCCUUGGUCCAGACACCGCCUGCUCCCACCUCGGAGAUGGUUCCAGUUAUCAGCAGCAUGUAUCCCAUAGCCCUCACCCGGGCUGAGAUGUCAAACGGUGCCCCUCAAGAGCUGGAAAAGAAAAGCAUCCACCUUCCAGAGAAGAGCGUGCCUUCUGAGAGAGGCCUCUCUCCCAACAAUAGUGGCCACGACUCCACGGACACUGACAGCAACCAUGAAGAACGCCAGAAUCACAUCUAUCAGCAAAAUCACAUGGUCCUGCCUCGGGCCCGCAAUGGGAUGCCACUUCUGAAGGAGGUUCCCCGCUCUUACGAACUCCUCAAGCCCCCGCCCAUCUGCCCAAGAGACUCCGUCAAAGUGAUCAACAAGGAAGGGGAGGUGAUGGAUGUGUAUCGGUGUGACCACUGCCGCGUCCUCUUCCUGGACUAUGUGAUGUUCACGAUUCACAUGGGCUGCCACGGCUUCCGUGACCCUUUCGAGUGUAACAUGUGUGGAUAUCGAAGCCAUGAUCGGUAUGAGUUCUCGUCUCACAUAGCCAGAGGAGAACACAGAGCCCUGCUGAAGUGAAUAUCUGGUCUCAGGGAUUGCUCCUAAGUAUUCAGCAUCGUUUCUAAAAACCAAUGACCUCGCCUAACAGAUUGCUCUCAAAACAUACUCAGUUCCAAAUUUCUUUUCAUACCAUUUUUAGCUGUGUUCACAUGGGUAGCCAGAGAAACACUGUCUUACUUCAGAAAUUAUUUGCAGAUCUAGCAUAUUAUUACUUUUGUGAAACCUUUGUUUUCCCAUCAGGGACUUGAAUUUUAUGGAAUUUAAAAGCCAAAAAGGUAUUUGGUCAUUAUCUUCUACAGCAGUGGAAUGAGUGGUCCCAGAGAUGUGCUAUAUGAAACAUUCUUUCUGAGAUAUAUCAACCACAUGUGGAAAAGCCUUUCAGUCAUACAUGCAAAUCCACAAAGAGGAAGAGCUGACCAGCUGACCUUGCUGGGAAGCCUCACCCUUCUGCCCUUCACAGGCUGAAGGGUUAAGAUCUAAUCUCCCUAAUCUAAAUGACAGUCUAAGAGUAAGUAAAAGAACAGCCAUAAAAUAAGUAUCUGUUACGAGUAACUGAAGACUCCAUUCGCCAAGCAUCAGAUCCGUUUCCUAUCACAACAUUUUUUAAAAAUGUCAUCUGAUGGCACUUCUGCUUCUAUCCUUUACCCUCCCAUCUCCAGUGAAAAGCUGAGCUGCUUUGGGCUAAACCAAUUGUCUACAGGAAAAAAUCUAUGCCAGAAGAACUCAUGGUUUUAAAUAUAGACCAUCAUCGAAACUCCAGAAAUUUGUUCACUGUGGAUGACGACAUCGCUUUCCUCUGGUCAAGGUUGGCAGAGCAAGGGUAUAAAGGGGGAAAUUGUUUGGCAGCACCAACAGAAAACAAACAAACAAAAAACAGCUACCUAAAACUUCUUGAAAGAGUUCAUGGAGAAUUGGUGAUACAGACCCAAAGCAAAUUUGCCAAUGAUUUUUUUCCACAAAAAAAGUCCAAAAAGUAUGGCUUAGCCUCCCCCUCCCCCCAGGAGAGGAAUUGGAGAUGGAUGGCAUGUGUGUUUAGAUCGGAGUUGAGCUCCGGAAUGGGGUGAGGAGGGACACCUCUAUUGAGAGGUUCUCCUUGAUCAGGCAGGCUUCGGCCCUUUUUUUCCCAUUUAAACGGAACUGCCGUAUUCCAUGAAAAUUCCUGAAAGUCUGAUCACGGUUCUGCAGAUGUAUAAGUCAUCCUUGUCACUCAUAAUGUGUACAUACUAUCAGGAGGAGUGCUGUUAUCAUUGUAAAAUUAGCACUGGAAUAGGAGGUCACAAAAUGCUUGCUAAUUAGCUAUGUGACUUUGAGUAAAUCGUUUUACUUUUUUUUUUUUUUUUUUUUUUUGAGACAGGAUCUCACUCUGUUGCCCAGGCUGGAGUGCAGUGGUGCAAUCAUGGCUUAGUGCAGCCUCGACCUCCCCAGGCUCAGGUGAUCCUCCCACCUCAGCCUCUUGAGUACUGGGACAACAGGUGCACACCACCAUGUCUGGCUAAAUUUUGUUCUUUUUGUAGAGAGAGGGGUCUCACUAUGUUGCCCAUGCUGGUCUUGAACUCCUGGGCUCAAGCAAUCAGCCCACCUCAGCCUCCUAAAGUGCUGGGAUUACAGGUGUGAGCCACCACACCCAGCCUCAUUUAACUCUUAAAACUCAGUUUCCGGCCAGGCUUGGUGGCUCACACCUGUAAUCCCAACACUUUGGGAGGCCGAGGCAGGUGCAUCAUUUGAGGUCAGGAGUUCGAGACCAGCCUGACCCACAUGGUGAAACCCUGUCUCUACUAAAAAUACAAAAAUUAGCUGGGCAGUAGUGGCACAUGCCUAUAAUCCCAGCUACUCCGGAGGCUGAGGCAGAAAAAUCACUUCAGCCUGGGAGGCAGAGGUUGCGGUGAGUGGAGAUCGCACUACUGCACUCCAGUCUGGGCGACAGAGACCCUGUCUCAAACAAAACAAAACAAAAACAAACAAAAACAAAAAAACCUCAGUUUCCUCAUCCAUAAAAUAGGAAUUAGAUUUAAACGUUCUCUUAGGUCCCUUCUAGCUUUAAUUCGUAUGUGAUUAUGCAGUAACCACAGAUAUUUUUUAAACCUCCUAAUGUAGGGAUAUUAAGCAGAAGAGUAUUUAUAUGAAUACAUGUUUCGCAUUCCUUUGGUAUGAAAAUGGUGUGUUAAGUUUUUCCUUUAACCACUGAGUUGUGAAUGUGAAGAAGGUGGUGGAAAGGAACAAAAAACAGAAAGGUAUUUUGAUCUUGCCACAAAGCGUACACACAAAUUGGCACAUGCAGCUGUUUGCCAAAGCCUUUUUUUUUUUUUCCUUUUUAAGAAAUUAUGUUAGGUAAAAUAAAUUCUGCUUCCAGGGACAACUUCAUGGAGCCUAUUUACAAAUUAAGAGUCAGCUUUAUGAACAUUUCCACCAGGGCCAAGAAUCCCAAAUUCCUGGUAGAUUAGCGCUUUAUUUCUAAAGGGCUUAUGCAUUCGGCUCCAACUCAACUCAUCUAUGUGCUGCCAGUAAUUAAAAUGUUCCACCUCAGACUGCACAAAUGGCUUAUCCUUCUUUGUGGCAUGGCGUCUGUCUCAGGAAAAAAGGUUUUAUGAAAUUCCAUGGCAACAGUCCCAACAUGUUUGAGACUUCAGCUAAAGGAAUGGAUGUAUUUUGGUGUGUAGUCUUCAGUAUAUCACUGUAUUUCCGUAAUACUAGACUCCAAGCUAUGCCAGAUUGCUUACUCCCUUUGUGAAAGAGGAGUUGCUCAUUACGUUCUUGAAAUAUCACACAUCCUGUUGGUUCUUCAAGGGACAAGAGAAAGAGAAUUUGGAAGCAGGGAUUAGUAGAAGAGAAAACGAGGGAAAGGAAGCCUUUCCACCAGAUUAGUGUUCAAGUCUUUGCAGAGGAGACCAACUUUUUUUUGUUUUCUUUUGUUUUGAGACAGAGUCUCGCUCUGUUGCCCAGGCUGGAGUGCAGUGGCGUGAUCUCGGCUCACGGCAACCUCCACCUCCGGGGUUCAAGCAAUUCUCCUGCCUCAGCCUCCCAAGUAGCUAGGAUUACAGGUGCCCACCACCAAGCCCGGCUAAUUUUUGUAUUUUUAGUAGAGAUGGGGUUUCACCAUGUUGGCCAGGCCAGUCUCAAACUCCUGACCUCAGGUUAUCUGCCCGCCUCGGCCUCCCACAGUGCUGGGAUUACAGGCGUGAGCCACCGCGCCCAGCCUGAGACCACCUUUUGCAUCUCAAGAUUGUGAAACCAAGGCCCAUUCCACCAGCCUGGGGACUCUUUUUAUAGAUAUGAUCCUCCUUUUUCCUGUGACUAAUGAAUUUGCUGCAUGAUUUCUAUUCUUCUGAGGUUAGUUUUCUGAGUAAGGUGACCACUCACAAAGGCACUUUCUUUGUGGCAUUCUGAGCCUAGAUUGGAGCCCAUCAAUUCCAGAAAAAAUUUAUGUGUGGAAACUCUGCAUCCUUAAGUCUUGAAGUUGAACCAGAUAUGCAGUGGUUACCAUCACACAGAUAAACGCUGCCUUCUGUACAUACCCCUUAUGCUGUACUAAUUAACCAACCCCUUGCCAAGACUGGGGAGGUGAGGGUGAAGGAGAAUCUUAGCAGAAGAAGGGCAGAGUCAGGACUUGCAUCUGCCACUGCUGGGCACUGAAGCUCUGGAGCAGCUUCAGGUAGUACCUGUACUUUCUCAUGCAGACUCCCUCUGAACAAGAGCCUUGUAGGCCCCUCUCCUUCAUUUCCCACCAGCCUCUUAUCAGGCGGGCCUUCCACCAUACACCCAGGAGGCCACGGUCUGAGGAACAACCAAACCCAUGCAAAGGGCCGGGCGCGGUGGCUCACGCCUGUAAUCCCAGCACUUUGGGAGGCUGGGGCAGGCACAUCACCUGAGGUUGGGAGUUCGAGACCUGCCUGACCAACAUGGAGAAACCCCAUCUCUACUAAAAAUACAAAAUUAGCCGGGCGUGGUGGCGCAUACCUGUAAUCCCAGCUCCUCGGGAGGCUGAGGCAGGAGAAUCGCUUGAACCCGGGAGGCGGAGGUUGCGGUGAGCUGAGAUGGAGCCACUGCACUCCAGCCUGGGCAACAAGAGCAAAACUCUGUCUAAAACAAAAACAAACAAACAAAAAACUCAUGCAAAGUUUCCUUGCAGCCAAGGUGACAGAACUGGGCUGAGGGUGGAAAAGAAACAGAACCAGUGCUCCAGGUGUUUUUUAAUUUUUUAAUUUAUUUUUAUUUUUUGUGUAUAUAUAUAUAUAUAUAUUUUAGAGGACCAGGGUCUCACUAUGUUGCCUAGGCCAGACUCAAACUCCUGUGCUCAAGCAAUCCUCCUGCCUCAGCCUCCCAAGUAGCUGGAAUUACGGGCAUGCACAAACAGUGCCCAGCUCUCCAAAUGUUUUCUGUCACUACCUGAAGUGUUGCAUCGGUACUUCCUAAGGAGAGAAAACUAAAUAGAAGUGUCUCUCCUGUGAGCCCCCACCACUACCACCAGAAAAAAAAAAAAAAAAAAAAAAAGAGAGAAAAUGAACUCAUCAGUCUUUAGUUUCCUCAAGUUAUUCUCCCAAAAAGACAUUCACCUUGGCACAGAUAAGCCAGCUAAUCUUACGCUUUAUGACCCAUUGUGAGCUGUUCUUGACACAGAUUCUGACUUUGUCAGUGACAAAAUUUCUCACCUUUUAAAUGCAGUGCUUAACAUUUUGUUAGGCCCAUACUCAAAAUGGUCCAGAUAUAAAAUGACCUCAGAUUUUGAUCUCCUAGACUCAAACAAUCCUCCCACCUCAGCCUCCCAAGUAGCUGGGACUAUAGGCACACCACCAUGCACAGCUAAUUUUUUUGUAUUUUUCUGCAGAGAUGGCGUUUCGCCAUACUGCCCAGGCUAGUCUCAAAAUCCUGGGCUCAAGCAAUCUGCCCACCUCAGCCUCCCAAAGUGCUGGGACUACAGACAAGAGCCACUGCGCCCAGCCACAACCUCAGAUUUCUUUGGCAAACAGAAAUGUUUAAAAACACAAAAUUUUGCUCAGUUGAAACACUGUGUUACUAUCAAAUCUCACAUCCACAUGAAGUUUUUCUUUUUGGCUUUGUUUCAUGAGGAACAGACAGAACAUAAAGUUUUUCCAGGUAGCAUCUGUAUCACUAUUCUCGUCCUAUUUCCUGCCCCACCCCCACCUCUCCAACCCCUGCUGAAUGUGAGGUUUAGAAUGUUUUAAGGAGAGUCAGGUGCGGUGGCUCACACCUGUAAUCCCAGCACUUUGGGAGGCCAAGGCAGGCGGAUCACCUGAGGUUGGGAGUUCGAGACCAGCCUGACCAACAUGGAGAAAUCCCGUCUCUACUAAAAAUACAAAAUUAGCCAGGCGUGGUGGCACAUGCCUAUAAUCCCAGCUACUUAGGAGGCUGAGGCAGGAGAAUCACUUGAACCCGGGAGGCGGAGGUUGUGGUGAGCCGAGAUCGUGCCAUUGCACUCCAGCCUGGGUGACAGAGCAAGACUCCAUCUCGAAAAAAAAAAACAAAAAUUAGCUGGGUGUGGUGGUGCGCACCUGUAAUCCCAGCUACUCGGGAGGCUGAGGCAGGAGAAUUGCUUGAACCUGGGAGGUGGAGGUUGCAGUGAGCUGAGAUCGCGCCAUUGCACUCCAGCCCGGACAACAGAGUGAGACUCCAUCUCAAAAAAAAAAAAAAAAAAAAAAAAAGAAUGUUUUAAGGAAAAAAAGUAGUACUGUUACAUAUAAUCCUAGGUGAUAAGACCACAAUGGAAAUGUUUCUUUUAAGUCCUCACUUUAAAGCGUACCCCACUGAGAGGAGGUAUAUUGGACUCUAGCAGAGAUUUGGAAACUCUGGGACACUCAAGAUGUGAAAGAGCCUGGCUAUCUGAGGACUCAAAGAGAGCAUCGGGACUUGUGAGCUCAAGAAAAGAAAAGGGAGUGGUGAAACUUUGUCCUAAAAGUUAGCACCAGGAACAGAAGAAAAAAAAGCGAUAUAUAGUGAUACCUCAUCUUUUAGAGAAUUGGAAGCUAUUUUUGUGUUCACACAGAAAGUAUAGUUCAAAAAACCUCUAUAUCCAGAGUUCAGACAAGGAGAAUGAUUUGAGAUAUAAGUGCCGAUGAAGGAGGACAAUUUUGAUCUGAAACCAGCAGCUGGACCUGGGCCACCUCAGGAAGAGGACUCUGUUCUCCAAGGCUGCAUGACUGAAUGGUUCUGAGAAUGAGCCCAGGGUUCGGGACUCCUGACCCUUUAGGACCAUGGACUCAGAAGAGCUUGAAGGAGAGUUGUGGGCUUUAAACUUCUGAGAGCUUGUAAAGUAACACAAGACUGUGCCUCUCCCUUGCCCCAGCUGUAGAUAGUCUUUGCCCCACCAUUGUUAUGAAGAUACACAGGUUUUUGCAGUUUGAAUAAAUUGGAUACAAGUUUCCUCUUUUUUUUUUUCUCUUUUUGAGACAAAGUCUCGCUCUGUUUCCCCAGGCUGAGUACAGUGGCACAAUCAAGGCUCACUUGCAGCCUCAACCUCCUGGGCUCAAGCAACGAGCCAUCCUCCCGUCUUAGCCUCCCAACUAGCUGAGCCUACAGGCGUGGGUCACCACACCCAGCAAAUUUUUGUACUUUUUGUAGAGACAGGGUCUCACCAUGUUGCCCAGGCUAGUCCUGAACUCCUGGGCUCAAGUAAUCUGCCCACCUCAGCCUCCCAAAAUGUUGGGGUUACAGGCGUGAGGCACCGUGGCUGGCCCGAGUUUCUUCUUAAUACUGUAUGACAAUAGUGGGCUGUCUUAUGUGUUGAUAUCGAUUGAGCUAUUUGAAAUAGGAAUGUUAAUGGGUGUAUUAAAUUUUUGUAAGGAUAUAACAAUAUCUACCUUCCAAGGAUGUUGUGAGGUUUUCCAUAAUUUUGUAUAUGAGCUAAUGUUACCUUGAGGGGUGGUGUGCAUUAUGUUGGAUGGUUGUAAAUUUUCAGUGGAAAAUGUACCAUGUCCUAAAUUUAAAGACAUGAAAAAUAUCCCGAGACCAUACUAGAUCAUAAUAGUAAUUCCUUUACAAAUGAAUUAUGGAGAUAACUGAUCUCUAACAGUUUCCUUCAUGUUGUUUUAAUGCACAAGGGCAGAGGAUCUGCUGACCCUUGGAACCAACGUGAGCUAACCACGUGCUAUAGACACUUCAUGGUGUUGCACCCAGGGAAGUCAAAGCGGUUUGCUCCCUCACUGUCUGUGAGUCCUCAACCAUUAGUACCCUACCCCACGCUGCUCCAGAACUUGGGUUUCUUCAAAUGCUUCUCACUGUUCAUCUCUCCACUGACCCCACUCCAGAAAGCCCGGAGAGAGUCCCAAGAUGCCACCCACCUUCCCCAAUCCCUUGCCACAGAUCUGUGAGUCUAUCUCACACUCUGUAAGUGCUGCUUUGCUUCUUCCUCUCUUGAAAAGACUGAGAACACACAUUUUAACAUGUUAGGAAAAUGGGGCAACAUUAAAAAUGACUGAUCCCACCGCCAAUGACUCAUGUAUACUCCAGGCUAGCAGACAAGGCCCUUUUUGGUGGGCCUGCUUCUGUGGGUUCACAGAAACCAAAUUACUGUGGGUUGCAAAGAAUUAGCAGGUCAUUUACAAAGCAGACAUCCCUUCACCCAGCCUGUGGUUUUGCAUGCUCAGGUUCUCAGUCUAUGAGCUUUGGUGCAGGAUCAUUUUGGCUACUGGAAAACCCAUAGCUUAUUUUAAAUUUCUGGUUGCCAAAGCCACCACACGUGUGGUCUGUGGAUGACCAUUGUCUGCAGAAUAACGAGGAAGGAACAGAAUGUGGUUUGGGGCUCAGGGUGGCCUUCCCACUGGGAGGGAAGGCGGGAGGGAGCCCUUGCCCUGGGUUUUGACACAGCCUGUGCUCACAGCCUCUCCUCUCAUCUGCAUUUCUCAGAAAUGCCCUCCCUGCCCAGUGGUGACUUUCCCUCGUCACUCCUAUGGAGUUCUACCCGGAGCCCAGCCAUGUGUGGGACUGUGAAGUUUACUCCUCUGUAAAGAUGGUUUAAAGAAAGUCAGCUUCUGAAAUGUAGCAAUGCUAACCCUUGCUGGAACCCUGUAAGAAAUAGCCCUGCUGAUAGUUUUCUAGGUUUAUCAUGUUUGAUUUUUACACUGAAAAAUAAAAAAAUCCUGGUAUGUUUGAAAUUA